AUGGCCACAUCUGAAGCGGCCCCCCUAAUCUUUCCAAUAGUCUACACCACCGCCCUAACGAUCGGUUCCGUGUCGGUGACCUUGUUCCUGACGAUCCUGAUCUAUGGGCGGAAGACGUUCAACGAGGCCCCAUUCUACCAAAUUGUCUACUGCCUGGCCGUCGUGGAUUGGGUCCACCUUUUGCAGCAUUGGCUUCAGAUCUUCCCGCAGCAAAUAUUUGGCUGGGGUGCUUUCCCAUUUUCCGAGUGGCUGCAGGAUUCGGUGAUUGGUACGUUCCUCAUUAAAGGGAUGGGCAAGUGGCAGCUUCUGGUUUUUUGGCACGGCCGCGACACGCAACGCGCCCGCGGCCCUUCUUUGGAGCGCCGGCUUGCCCCUUCCAAACGUCUAGAGUUGCGUGCGUCGCGUGUGGCGGGUUCCCUAAGGUUGAUAGAGGAC